AUGACUGAAUUCCUCCUCCUGGGACUGACCAGUGACCCCAAAGAGCAGGGCAACGUGGCUGGAAACUCAGUCAUCACUGCAGCCAUCCGGGGGGAUGCCCGCCUCCAUACCCCCAUGUACUUCUUCCUCUCCAACCUGUCCCCGGUGGACAUCUGCUUUACAAGUGUCAUUGUGCCAAGGAUGCUGGCAAACAUGCUGAGCAAGAGCAAGAAGGUUCCCCUUGCCCAGGGCCUCACACAGAUGUAUUUCUUUGUGGCCUUUGGGAUCACUGACAGCUUCCUCCUGGCGGCCAUGGCGAUUGACCGCUACAUGGCCAUCUGUAACCCGCUGCAUGACACGACGACCAUGGGCCCCCGGCACUGUCUCCUGCUGGUGAUGGCGUCCUGGGUCCUGUCCCACCUCCACUCACUCACCCACACGAUUCUCAUGGCCCGCCUCUCCUUCUGUGGGCCCAACGUCAUCCACCACUUCUUCUGUGACGUCCAGCCACUGCUGACGCUCUCCUGCUCUGACACCUCCAUCAGUGAGCUUUUGGCCUUCACAGAGGGCUCUGUGGCGAUCAUGAGUCCCUUCAUCUUGAUCAUUGUCUCUUACGUUUUUAUCACCCGUGCCAUUCUGAGGGUCCCUUGGGGAGGCAGGUACAAGGUCUUCUCCACCUGUGGAUCCCACCUCACGGUUGUGGUACUAUUCUAUGGAACCAUAAUAUUUGUGUACAUUCGCCCCUCAUCCACCUACUCAGUGACAAAGGACCGUGUGGUCACUGUCAUCUAUACAGGAGUUAGCCCCAUGCUGAACCCUUUUAUCUACAGUCUUAGGUAUAAGGACAUGAAACAGGCCUUGAAAAAGCUGAUCAGAAGGGUAGAAUAG